CCCAAAUGGACAAUCACCAUGAUGCUGCUCUCUUUCGCUUUCCUGGCAGCUCUCGCCGUCGCCGCCGAACACAACCAAGACCCUCUUCUUCUUCAUCCGUCAUGUACCCUUAGCCACGUCCCCGCCUUCGGCACCGUCGACCACGCCGUCGACUUCUCCACGUCGACGUCGGAGCACCUUGACUCGCCCAAGCUGUCGGCCGUCAACGCCACGGCGUGGGAGCAAUGGGAGUUUGACAGCGUCUCGGACUCGGGCCGCCAGGGCAUCAUCAUCAGCUUCAACCGCGACGCCGUCCACUCCUUUGUCGGCCGCGGCAACCUGCGCGUCGAGUUCUACGGCUCCUACGACGACGGCUCCGCCUUCGCCGAGCUCGACCACGCCGCCGACUCGUACGUCUUUGACUGCCCCGACUACGUCAAGGGCGUCUGGAACAGCUCCGACCGCGAGUACAUAUUCGUUGUCGACAAGGCCCUGCAGCGCGCCUCAGUCAGCUUCAACACGCCCCGUGCAACCGGCCACUUUGACAUCCUGAGCCCCCGCGCUCCCGCCCACUUCCCCGACGGCUCCCACUUCCCCUUGCCACGCGGCGAGACCGCCGGCUCCAGCGAGCUGCUCCCCAAAUACCACAUGGCGCACGCCAUCGCCGCCGCCGACACCCACGCCAACAUGACCGUCGCCGGCCGCUCGCUGCACUACAGCCACGGCAUCGCCGGCCACAUGCGCCUCUGGGUCCUCGACAGCUGGCUCCGCCUCGUGCAAGACUUCCGCUACGUCCGCGCCGCCGCCGGCCCCUACGCCCUGACCUUCUGGCUGCCGACGGCGCGCCAAAACCCCACCGGCGACUAUGCCUCGGCCUUGCUGACCAAGGACGGCAAGGUGCUCGUCUCGACGCGCUUGACCGCGUCGGCACCAGGAGACCAAGAAGCCGACUACGCGACCUUUGUCGACGAGCACGCCGGGCUCGGCCUCCGCGGCCGCCUCGGCAACGACGCUGCCGGCCACGUCGUCGAGUUUGUGUCUCCCACGCUGAACAAGCGCUGGCGCUUCCGCCUCGAGCACCUGCACAAGAAGUUCGAGAUGGGCAUGGGCGGCCACACGGGGCUGUCGGCCUUCACGAACCGCGUGCUUGGCAGCGAGGUUGGCUCCGACUGCGUCUUUGAGGGGAGCGGCUUCUCCGAGCAGGGCGCCUUCCCGGAGGGCGUGCCCAUGUGGAUGCGCUGGGUGCUUAGGGGCGUGGGGAAGUUACAGGACGCGACGGGCUAUGUUAGGGGGGUUGUUAAGCGGGCUUUUUGAUGUGAGCGGUUUGAGGGGGCUGGGCUCAGUAGAACCAUGUUUUUCUUUGGCUUCUUGAGCUGCUUUACGCGCUCCAUGGUAGAAAAGUAUAAAUCAGACCGUUUUUAUUUGGAUAUACCUGGGCGGGUGCUUUUUUUUUUUUUUUUUUUUUUUUUUUUUUUUUUUUUUUUUUUUUUUU